AUGUUUCGCUCUGCCCAUCGAUAUAUCCCGUCAUCACGAGUAAUUCAUCAACAGCUAUUGAGAAGAUACAGCAAUUACGGCGAGAUCGACUUGAGCAAACCGUGUACGGUGAUUUGUAAGAGCGGCACAAUUGCUUGCUGGCAUCCAGAGAGGUCAUUCCCCUACGAACAUUCCAAACCCAUUGAUUUGAAAGAAAUAAAGGCGCAGAAGCAGGGUUCGAGUGUACUGAAUAAAGAGACCGAGUGUAUUGCUGAUUUAGGAGGUUCACUUGCACGUACAGGCCCUCGUAAUUAUAUACUUCGUGAAAUAUUUUAUACUGGCAAGCACGAGUGGUACACAAGAUACCGUGAGGAAAGAUUGCGUUCGGUAGCAGCACCUGACCCGAAGAGACGCGAGUGA